AUGGAUGGCCGCAGCUACCGUGCACCCAUAGACAACAACUAUGUUGUGCCGAGUAACACGUGGUUGCUUGUAAAGUCCACACCCUCGCUCAAUGCAUGGUUCUUGCGUCACCUGCGAUGUUCUCGCUUCACCUACCUUCGCAUUGUGGAACAUGUUCAAACAGCGUGGCAACGGAUUCACCCUGCGCUCCACCAACUCAAACAGUUUGGAAUUGAUGAUCGUGUGGCGUGCACACUCCACUACCUGACACACUCUGACGGCUACGAGUCAACUGCAGCCUUGUUCGGUAUCUCAAAGACGCGAGCUUACGAUCGCAGUCGCAUGGUCGUGGUGCGGGCAUUUGGACUCUGGAAGAACAAAUUUCGGGUGUUCCAAACCGAAUUACUCCAACAUCGACCAAGUGAACCCGAGACCUUCCCCGAGUGGAUGCACAUUGGGGGUGACACCGUGUUUGACGACGAGCUCAACCAAGUCGAUGGUGUAUCUGCUAAACGCGCCCGGGAUUUGAUCAAGUUGUACUUAAGCCAGCAUGUUGAUGUAUAA